UCGUUUUCUUGCCCUUCCAAGGGACUGAAGGGAGUCUGCUCCUUCUUUUGCAUUGUGUCCCCCUAUAAUAUGUACCUUGAAACAAAUUACCUAAAUUUGAUUGAUAUUAUUCAUGCUUUUUAUUUCAACAUUAUGUGAUGGCUUCAUGGCCAAGUGGGAACACUAGAAGAUGCCUACAUGUAGGGUUAUUAUAUCAAAGUGCAGAAGGGCCUAACUUUUCUCCUAUUACUGCAUAUAUAUUCUCACAUUCAGAACAAUUGAGUCUUUGGUUUUACGCAGCUGUUAGGUGUUCAAAGGUCAACUGGCUCUCACAUUCAACCUGACUCUAGCUUUGGUUAAUGCCAUUUGAAUAGCAUUAGAGUUUCUUAAAGCAUUUUUCUCUCAAAUUUAAAAAUAAGCCACCAGAAGCUUAUCUGCUUAGGGGAAUUGAGUCCAUACAGGAUUUCACCUAUCUGGAAAUAUCAUUUCUAUUUUGUCAACCAAAAAUAUUAAUAGAUCAUAUAAAAAAAAGAAGAAGAAAAUAUUGCAGUUUUGAAAGGUCACAAAGUGAUUUUCAACACCAUGUACUCGAGUAUGUGCCUUGUAGUCUAAUUAAACGGGUAGCUGAGAAACAAUUACAUUUCUCAUUCAGAUUUCAGAAUGUGAAUUUUUUCUUGUUUUUGUAAUGCUUGUCAAAGUUGGUAAAUAGACCAAGUUCUCUAUAAAUAGUAGAAAUGUGAUUCGUUCCAUGCAUCACCUAAGUGUCCUUAAUCUCCACUUGAUCACUUGCUUUCCCCUUCUUCACAUAUGGCGCUUUAUCUUUUCUGUCUUCUUCUUGCUAUCACCUUCAUUUUCAUGCAAACUCUGGCAGAUACUUCAUGCACUGAUUGUUUCAUUCAUUCUCGGGCAGCUUAUUAUCCAAAUUCUGAAGAACACGGAACAGAUGUUGGUGCAUGUGGGUUUGGUUCCUUUGGUGCUACAGUCAAUGGUGGAGAUGUAUCAGCUGCAUCUUCUCUUUAUCGAAAUGGUGUUGGUUGUGGUGCCUGUUACCAGGUGAGGUGUACCAACAGUGUAUAUUGCUCAGAAAAUGGUGUGACUGCAGUUAUAACCGACCAAGGUUCAAGUGAUAACACUGAUUUCAUUCUUAGCAAACAUGCCUUUAGCCGGAUGGCUCAAACCACUGAUGCAGCUGCUUCUCUAUUAGCCCUUGGCGUGGUUGAUAUUGAAUAUAGACGUGUUGCAUGCAGCUACCCAGAUAAAAACAUAACAAUCAAGAUAGAUGAGAGCAGCAACAACCCAUAUUACUUGGCUUUUGUCAUUUGGUAUCAACAAGGAAGGAGAGACAUAACUGCUGUGCAGCUCUGUGAGACUCAAAACUUUGUGUGCCAGUUACUGGAUAGGAGCCAUGGGGCAGUGUGGACUACUACCUCUCCACCGAGUGGACCCUUGUCUUUAAGGAUGUUAUUUAGUGAUGAAGAAGAGGGAGAAGAAACAUGGGUUGUUCCUGUUAAUAACAUACCCGGAGACUGGAAGGCUGGUGAAACAUACGAUUCAGGGGUACAAGUGAACCAAUAGAGAAUUUAGCAGCAAAACAAAUUCAUUAAUAUGGCAUACUAUUAUGAUUUUAUUUUUCUACGAAUAAGUAGUGAUGGCAUAGUAGGGCAGUACAUACUAUGCAUGUCACCCAAUUCCAUUGUAUUGAAGUAAUUUUUUCAUUUUUACAUCUCUAAUCAUACAAAUUUAAUAACAAUGUUGAAACGACUUGACA